AUGGAGAAUAAUGGUAGUUUGGAGCAAGCUCUGCAAGACGGAAAUAUCUUCAGGCAGCUCAAUACCCUCAUCGUUGCUCAUCUCCGUCACCACAAUCUCUCACAGGCAUGUCCUUCGUCAUCAAAAUCGGUUCCAGCUGCAAGUGCGGUUGCAUCAGCAACCAUGACACCAUUGAAUGUUGAGGUUCCUCCAAACCGUCUUCUGGAGCUUGUUGCAAAGGGUCUUGCAGCGGAGAACAACGGGACAUUUCGAGGUGUUUCUUCAUCAGUCUUGUUACCCACUUCUUAUGGAUCAAUCGCUACUCCUCGGACAGCUUCUAUUGACUUCAGUGUGACUCAUGUGAAGGGCACAUCAAAGACUUUACCGAAGCAUGAAUCGAAGCAGAUAUCGGAGCACAAGAGCGUCGUUAGGUGCGCAAGAUUUAGUAGCGAUGGAAUGUUUUUCGCAACGGGCGGUGCCGAUACGUCAAUUAAGCUCUUUGAGGUGCCGAAAGUAAAACAGAUGCUUUCAGGAGAUACUCAAGCUCGGCCAUUAAUACGGAGUUUUUAUGAUCAUGCUGAACCAAUAAACGAUCUUGAUUUCCACCCUCGGAACACAAUCCUAAUAUCCAGUGCCAAAGACAAGUGUAUAAAAUUCUUCGACUUCUCCAAAACCACAGCUAAACGAGCAUUCAAAGUUUUUCAGGAUACCCAUAACGUGCGCUCUGUAUCUUUUCAUCCUUCUGGAGAGUUUCUUCUUGCAGACACUGGAGUAAGUGGCGCCAUUAAUCAGGUGCGGUAUUCUUCGACCGGAUCAGUCUACGUCACAGCCUCAAAAGAUGGAGCUAUUCGACUAUUCGACGGGGUCAGCGCAAAGUGUGUACGCUCCAUUAGCGGUGCACACGGAAAUGCAGAGGUCACAAGCGCAAUGUUCACCAGAGACCAAAGGUUUGUUCUCUCGUCCGGUAAGGAUUCGACUGUUAAGCUAUGGGAAAUAGCUUCAGGUCGAAUGGUAAAGGAAUACAUCGGAGCAAAACGGGUAAAACUGCGGUCUCAGGCAAUCUUUAAUGACACAGAAGAGUUUGUAAUCUCCAUAGAUGAAGCAAACAAUGAGGUAGUUACAUGGGAUGCGAGAACUGCAGAGAAAGUGGCAAAGUGGCCUUCGAACCAUAACGGUGCACCGCGAUGGAUCGAGCACUCGCCGGUAGAAUCAGUCUUUGUUACUUGUGGAACAGAUAGAUCAGUUCGGUUCUGGAAGGAAUCCGUCUAG